AUGUCCAGGGAUCAUGAGCCGAGCGUGCAAGGGAACAAGACGCUUCGGUUCGAGAAUCACGCCAUCACCCGUCCAAGCGUACGAACCACUACUCGUAAUAUCUUACGACCCGCUGCUAUGGAUACUGCCAAGCAGGGAAAUACCGAGUCCAAGGCUGGCCCAGAGGAUUGGGAUUGUGACCCUCAUCGAGGCCCAAAUACGGCAAUGGGCCUUUACGAGAUGAAAACAUCAGCAUUUAGCCGCACCACGCGCCAUCUGAUCAAGUCGACGCCAAUCUCAAGGAGCUUACUUGCCCAUGCCGCCAAAGACAAGAGUAACCAAUGA